ACAUAAUUGAUGCUGAUUUACCAAAUUGUGCCAACAUGCUGAAACCCAUCGUACUGGUUGCGAUACUGGCUAGCGUUGUUCGGGGUGCACCCCAACCCGACUUAAUAGAUUUGGACGUAGAUCCAAGAAUUGUCGGUGGAGAACCCUCGAGCAUCGAGAAGCACCCUUACAUCGUCUCUGUCCAACGAAACGGUCGCCACCACUGUGGCGGUUCCAUCAUAUCCUCAACCUGGGUCGUCUCUGCAGCUCAUUGUUUCCUUCGCGAGUUCGAUGCCUAUUCCAUCCGUGCGGGAUCCUCCAAGCGCAAUCAGGGAGGCCAAGUCAUACCUGCGCGCAAGAUUAUCCUCCAUGAACUCUACUUAAGACAAACUCUCGACUACGAUAUUGCUCUGAUACAGUUGGUCAAACCCAUCACCAUCCGCGUGGCUCGAGCCAUCAUCUUGGCACCUGCGGGUUAUAACCCUCCAAAACCUGGAUCUAUCGGCGUCGUCACCGGAUGGGGUGCACUCUGGGAAGGUGGACCACUAGCUGACAGGCUCAAGGUCGUCCACGUGCCUGUUCUCUCCAUGGAACUAUGUAGGAGCCGUUACGGGCAGAACGUCAUAACUCAGAGAAAGUUUUGCGCUGGGUACUGGCAAGUAGGAGGUAAAGACGCUUGUGCCAAUGAUUCUGGAGGACCGAUGGUCAUCAAUGGGGUGUUAACUGGUGUCGUUUCGUGGGGUGCGGGUUGUGCUCGGCCUGACGGGCCUGGGGUGUAUGCCAGUGUACCCAGCCUUAGAAAUUGGAUUAGAAGGAAAAGUGGAAUAUAAAAUAUGUAUAAGAUUGAUUUUGAUCAGAUAUGUAAUUAGAUCAAUAAAUAAAUACAGAUUCAACCAGUUGAAAUAAUCUA